AUGCGGCAGAUGCGGGACGUCACCUAUGACUUCAAGAAGUUGUACACGCUCUUGCAGCAGCUCAUAUCGGCGCCAGACCCGCAGCAGCUGGCCUCGGACCUCAUUCAGAAUAUCACAGAGGCGGCGAAUCCUUUGGAGGUCUCCAUGAAAGUGGCGACCAGCUCCUUCAUCUACGGCGCAACCUGCGAACAAGAGGUGCUCACGCCCAGUGAGUGGGUGACUACAGUGACCCUGGCGGAGAAGCAGAACUAUUUGAUGGCGCAAGCCAGCCAGCUCUUCAUGCAGAUCAGCUUGGGUUAUGAGGUCGCCAGCAGCCAGGUGGAGUUGACCGUGCUUGUGGAGGGCGUGGGCACGGGUUUGCGGAAUGUGGUGGAGGGUAACCAGGAGCAAGGCCAGGCUACGCCGCCCACCCAGGAGAUCUUGGCGGAGCUGCUGCUGGCGCACACGGCCUGGGAGAACUUGGCGCUGGAGCUGGGCCGCGCCGUGCGCUCCGCCGAGGUCUCCGCCGCCGUGGUGGCGGAGGUGGCGCGCCUCAGCAACACGGCGAUGACAAAGAUGGACAAGGCCAUGCAUCUCUUUGUGUUGGCGGGCCAAGCAGCAGGCACCACCGCCCCGGUCUACGUCAUCGACAUCACAACCCGGCAACGCAGCCUGGUGCGGCAGCUCGCGUACAGCGCCAUGCUGCAGAAGCACGGGACCUCGGCGGAGAGUGACUUGGACCGCUUGAACAAGGCUCGCGAGUCCUUCAUGAAAGCGCACUGGGAGCUGCUGGAUGGAGCCCCCGAAACCAGCGAACACCCAGCGCUCAACGACACCACCAACGUCUGCAUCAUCCGACAAAUGCGGGAAGUGCUCACGUAUUUCGAGCUGGUGGACAUCGCGGCCUUGGAAGAGAACAUGGCGGACUUGGUACGCUUGGUGCCCCUGACCACCAAGUCCAUGGAGGUGGCGGUCGGGCAAUAUGAACAUGUCGAGGCUGUCUCCUGCGAGAGCGCCCAGCUCUCCCCUGAGGAGUGGCAGGGCCUGUUGCUGGAGCUCGGCCGCCUACGCCGCCUCAGUCAGCAAGUUUGUAUCGACUUCUUUCUCAACUCCACCAGCGCCGAAACGCUACAGGAUGCCAGGGGCUUGUAG